AAUCCGAGAAGGUCGAGUCUGAUCAAUUUGUCAUUUGGCGUGGAACUGCUCUAAUGUGAAAGUUAUCGCUCUCUCCACAUCCACACCGCCGUCGUCAUUUGUCUCACGUUUAUUCCACCAGAACAGAUCGAUCCAACCAGACGCAAUGAACCUAACGACAGUGAGCAGUGAAGUGUUUUCGUUUAAAUCGUUGGAUACGGAUUUGGCCAAGUCGUUGAGUUGCCCUGCAGCACCCGCGUUUAUCGAGGUAAAAUUGGAAGAAUUGACUCCAAAUCCCUUCAACGAUGGCCAGACGUGGAAACCGAAACCAUGCGUCUUGCCGGAAAAAUACCAAGCAUUUGCAGACCGGGUCCGUAACUUUGAUGUUUACGACGAUGACGUGUGGAUAAUUACGUUUCCAAAAUGUGGCACCACCUGGACCCAGGAAAUGGUUUGGUUGAUUGAUCAUAAUUUGGAUUACGAAAUCGCUAAACGCGACAGUAUCAAUAAUCGUUCAGCGUAUUUAGAAAUUGCAGGAAUUGCGAAAAACCUUCCCGUGGACACCGUGGCGGCAACGGCAAACAAACCCCGUCCUCGUCACAUCAAAUCCCAUCUUCCACUGGCCCUAUUGCCGAAGCAACUGUGGACGGUCAAACCGAAAAUCAUCUACGUCUCUAGAAACCCUAAGGAUGUGGCCGUUUCCUACUUGCAUCACUAUCAGAUGAUCAUGGGCUAUCGUGGUCCGCGGGAGCAUUUUUUGGAAGCGUUACUCGCAGAUCAAGCGGUAUAUUGUCCACAAGUCCAACAUGUGCUCGACUUUUGGCGUUUGCGUGAGGAAAAGAAUGUUCUAUUUUUGACGUACGAACAAAUGAAGCGAAAUUUGAGAGACGUUCUGGCAACAACAUGUGACUUCUUCGGAAAACAAUACUCUGAUCAACAGUUGGACAAGCUGGCACAUCAUCUUUCGUUUGAUGAAAUGAAAAAAAAUCCGGCAACAAAUAACAUUGACUUAACCAAGAGUGCAAUGGAAAUGAAUGGAAGGAAAGGCGAGAAAUUUGAAUUCAUGCGGAAAGGUCAAGUCGGAGACUACAAAAACGAACUUUCAGCGGAGUUCAUAGAACGUUUCGACCGUUAUAUCGAUGAGAAGCUUUGCGGAAGUGAUUUUCGAUAUGAACAGUGAUUAUUGAUACCGUUAGUGAUGAUUAAUAGGAAAGAUUUUCAUUUUAUACAUGAGAUAGAAUAUUGAAUAAAAAAUCUAAAUAGUUCAUAUCUGCAAUUAAAAAUAUUUUUUAAUAUGAAAGGGACCAGACUUAUGUGAAGAAUACGUGAACCAGUUAUAGCCAUACGUUCGUAUUAUGAAAUUAAAUUGAA